UUCUUCAAGACACGCCGAAGCUCAUCCUUGCUCACCGUUUUCCGAAGACCUCACUCGUUCUAACGUUUGUCUUCUGGCCGAUUUAGUCAGUGAACUGCCAACACAGACGGUCCAUAUAUUUCCAUAUAUUUUCACGCGCCGCUCUGUUCGAAUUCUCUGACACACAGAGGCAGCGAAUCACAUCGUCUCAGCCGUUUAGCAGAGCCUGGCGGGGGACCUCGGAAACCGGCGAUGUGUAUAUCGUCCUCUCUUCCCUGUUCUCCGAAAGCGCCGUUCCGGUUCUCGCAACCCUUUUUCGCGCCGCCUUCUCCCACUCCCUUUUAUCGAAAGACCUGGCAACACUGGAACUUUUUGCGUUUCCUGGAUGGCCUUUAUUGUUCGAGAGCAGUGGUUCUUGUCUGCCAUUUUUAACUGGAUUUGAGUGUUGUGUGCGGCCUUCUGUUGUCAGCGUAGGCUAGAGCGAAGAAGUGCACGUUUACACGGUACGCAUUUGACGCCUGCUCCAGCCUUGAAACCGCCAACGUCUUCUUCAGCUCUUUCGCCUGAAUUCUCAAGCACGUUUUCCUCGCGUCAACAAACUUCGGUCCGACGACCUCUGUAGCGCACCGCGAGAUCCCGGCGGCUUUUCUUGGAUAGCAUCGAAGGAACAAGUAAAUUUCGGACAGCUGCAUUCCCAAUCUCGCUGUGUGUCUUGUGUAUCUUCUGUAGACAAACAGUUCCACGUUUCCGCUUCUCUGUUCGCAUGCACGCGCGCUCCCCUCCCCGGUCGGCCAGAUGUUCGGGAGCCGCAGAUUCUCCUGAUCCCCGUAACAACGGACAGAAACAAGGAAACUCAAAGCUUUUCUCUUUUGGCUUUCACCGGAGUGGAAAGGGAUUGAAAACAACUCUGAAGAGAAUCGCUUUCUUUUCGCCUGACAACGGGACAGCACUCCUUUUUCAGCUCCACUGUCUCUAUCGGAAAAUGGACUCUUCUCCUGCGCAUCAUGGCUACGCUUAGGCCCACAGAAAUACGCUGUAGAGCCGCCGUCCCGGAUGUCCUUGUCGCGAAACGCGUGGUUUCUGAGCGGAGAGCCGCGAUCUGUUUUCUCCUCUUUUCCAGCCUUCUGGAAACCGUCCUUCUUCCCUCGGUAUGCGGUCUCGCAUCGCGGAGGCCGUCGCGUUCUCUGCCUGCUUCCCCACCUGGCCUGAGUCUUCCGGUCGCAUCUUCUCUCGAUCUCAAGUCUAUCCUCCUCUAGCCUCUCUCUGCCUGUAGCCUCUCGAUCCUCUAACAUCUCGUCGAACCUCCUUCUCUUCUAACCUCUCCUCUGACUUCUCUCUCCCUACUUCCCCUUUCCUGCUCGGAUAUUUCUUUUCUCGACCCUCUCCGUUCCGUCUCUGCGCUUUCCACUCCUCGGUCCGACCGCCGCUUUCCAGAGACGAUGAUGACAGAAGCGCGGAGUGGCGAGGGCCGCUUGAGCCUUCUAUCACAUGCCGCGACAUUUCGGCAGCCUUCUCGCCAGUGUCAGAGCAUCCUUGUGUCCGAAUGGCUCGCGAACAAGCUGAUUCGCAGAUAUCUUGAGAGCUUCUCUGACCAGACCUGGCCGUCCGUCGUCAAAUGGACUUUCGUCCUCGGCGUCCUGUCUCUGAAGAACUCCGGAAUUCCUCUCCACAGUCUCUCUGUCGACGAACUGGUCGACAUCGUGAACCAAAACGGAUAUUCGAGUCUGACGCCGGCACAGCGGCUCGUCCCUCUCCAGUGGGCGUCGUCAGCCCCCUCUCCGUCUGAGCUGCGAGAAGAGCUUCAUACUUUUUCUCCGUCGCUCAGCUGUCUGCACAACCCACCGGGAGUCUCCUCAGUCGCUGACACGCGGGCUUCGGUCGGAGGCUCAGGCAGAAAAAGAGUCACUUUUUCUUCUUUCUCUGCACCUUCCUCGGGGCUGCGAAGACAUUCCACCUCAGCGAUCGCGAGGAAACCGAGCAGCGACUGGAGAACAGGAGACCCUGCCGUUUUCCUGCCUCCACGAGCUGCGCCGGCCUCACCCCUCCCAGAGGCGCCUUCCCGCUUCUCCUCCACUCCAGAAACGUAUCCCUCGUGGUGGGGGGACUCGGCGCUCCCUCCUCGCGUCAGCUGUCCAUACAUCGCGGCGGCGCUCGGUUCGCGUCCUUCGCCCUGUUCGCUGUCCUCUCAACCGGGGGAGACUCCUCUGUCAAGGGCGCCACGCGAGGCCGGCCUCGGCUCUUCUCGGCUCUCGAGUGUACAUACACCCCACACCCACGGGGCCUGUGCGCGUGGGCCGCACGACGCCGCAUGCGUCGCCGCCUGUUCCCGGGCGGCAGCCGAGACAGACUUCUCGACAGCUUCCGCGUUUGACUGCUUCUCAGGUGUACAGACAGGGGACGGACCGGCAGCGUCGUACUGCGCCGCCUUUCCCGCUUCCGUCGCGCCUUCGUGUCUCGCGCCUGGUGACCGGCCUUGUUCCUGCUCCACUUCCGUGUCUCCUCCUGGGGCGGCUGGAGUUCCUCUGUCAAACGCGAGACUCCUUUCUUCAAAUGAGAAGCCGAAAACGCUUCUUCAGUCGUCUGCAGCUCGCGGCAGUCGCGCCGUUCCCCUGUCCCCGCCUCCGAGGUCGCGAGAGAGCCUCGCCUUUUCGGCGUCGCCCCGACGGGCCACGACGUCUCAUACUACGCUGCAUGCAGAGCGCAAGCGUUCGAAUGCGAUGUGUAUCAAGCAAAGAAAUCUGCAUGCGUCCCGACCGGCGCACAGCCCGCUGCCACCCAUCGACGGCUUCCAGGCCUUUCGACCCUCACAAGAAGCUCGGUGGGUAUGCACUCUCCGUCCUAGCUCCCACAGACACCUCCCGCCUCGAUCGCCGCGUUCAACUGCGAGAGAAAGAGAGAGGCAGCAAAAUUUCUCGCGACUGCAUGCGACCACACCCUUCUGGCCCGGGGGUGAAGCCGAGGGCCGCGAACGGUUUGCCCCAGAAGAGACGCAGCUGUCUCCGCCGUGGGAUCUCGAAGAAGGGACACCCGCCCUCGCCGGGAGGUCGGAGGCCGCGCGUCGGACCCCACCGCCGAGAGGCACCCCGGGGACGAGGACAGGAGGCGCGGAAAGCAGAAUUGCGCAUGCAAUUGAGGCUGCCCGUGGGGCGGCGACUCUGUUUCGGAGGACCUCGCAAGAAGAGGCGUCCCCAGAGCUCGCAGACAGCCCCAAGAUGGCCUGCUCGUCGUACUUUGAGGCAGCCCUCGCCGCGUACUCAGAGACCCCGGGUGUACAUACACCUGGCGAAGCCGGGGCACCCUGCGAGCGAGUUGCAUGCAGUUGGGAAAUCGACAUCCACGGGCGGCGGAAGCGCGGCGAGAAGCCCGACGCGUUGGCUUUUUCGGAGUCCGAUCUGCGGUUCGGACGGGGAUCGACAAACGCCAGAAGCACCUUCUCGCCGGCCGCCCUCCCCGUGUUAGCGCAUGCAGCCCCAAGCCCUUCCGCGGACUCUGCGCCUCCGAGGAGUGCGGCAGGCGACUCUUGCGCCGACAGCGAGACACUUUCUUCGCUGUCUCUGGACCGCGUGGCCUUCUCGCCAUCGGGCUCUGCGAGUCGCCUCACUGUCGCAGAUGUCUCCUUCGCGUCCCUGCCGCGACAGCCUGUCUCCUGCGGGCGCGGAGACACCUCGGCUGACCUCCACGGCGAGGGAGGCCUGAGGGACUCGGCGGCGCCUCUGAGCGACAGCUUCGUCAGCAGCGACAGCUCCUUUCCAGAGCGGCUUGUGAGAGAAAAAAGAGAUCCUUCCACUGCUGUCGGAGCCGAAGCAGAGAGCGACGCGUGGAGAGAGCAGGAGACUGCGGCUAUCAAAGACAUCCUGGAGAUGUACUGGGGGGACGUGGAGCAGAUUGAGAAGGGUGGGAGAGCCGGAGACAGCGAGUUGGAAGACACAAAGGAAGGCCCAUGCUUUGUGUCGUCAGAGACAGCAAGUGUGCAUCUCGACUCUUCGCCGGGAGGGGAGGACACAGCAAGGGAGAGUAACAGGAAAGGGAAUUGACGGAGUUUACGGCUUAUGAAGACCCCUGUCAAAAGAGGGGGAGGAGAUGGAGGUUCUGUUUUUAUUUUCCAGCUGUUCCAUGUUCAUGAAGGCAGGUGCCUGGGACAGGGAAAGCGACAGUUUUGCACACAUGGCGAUACGGGGGGGGGGCAGUUGAAGGGAGAGAGGAAGAGAAAAUGAGAGAAAGGAGUAGAAUGGAAGCUGAGAGAAAGAAACCGGUCUAGGGAGAGAAGAGUUUGUUUCUUUUCUGACACGACUCUCCUUUAGGAAGCAGCGUUUCGUCUGAGUCAUUGCCCUCUCUCCCCCCCCUCCCCCCGCUCCCGCCCUCAUUUGGUGAAGAAAAAGAAAAGCCUCUUGGAUACCCCGCAAGGCAUGCGGGAAGCUUGAAAGCUGUCGCACUGGACCUGCAUGCAACCCGGUCUUUUCAAGCAUGAGUUCCCCGUCUUGUUUCUUCUCUGAAUCGCGAAGAAGCUACAGAAACUGAAAGUCUCUCUUCGUGUGUCUCGGUCGCCCCUUGUCCUGUUUCCCUCGACAGAGUCGAGAUUCGUUCAGCCUCGCAUGCAUUCUUGGCUUUGGUCUCUUGUUUCUUGUCAAGUGGACAAAGAAGCAGAAAGAAAAUGUGCUAUUCUGUUGAAGAUGAGCGAAGGCGGUCCCGAGGCUUUCUCGUUACCGGGAACCACGAAAUGUCGCCGAAACACACCCUCGCGCGGCUCUCUCCACUUUUGGCGUAGAAAGGAAUUUUGUGAAUCCACUUUUUUUCUGUUGAGAAGACACUGGG